AUGUCUUCGGCUAAUUACAUGUCUCCCACUUCCUCAACAACAACGCCAACAUGGCACCAGUUCGAGCGGAAGGUCGAUGAGGUCAAGCCAUCCAAGACUGACAUCAAUUACUUGGUUAUGGAUUACCUCAUCACCAAUGGAUACCCAGCUGCUGCGAAGAAGUUCGCUAUAGAGGCAAACAUCCAACCCAGAACAGAUAUCGAAGCUAUUCAGGAAAGAGUAGAAAUUCGCACUGCCAUUCAGUCUGGGAAUAUCCAAAAUGCUAUUGAGAAGAUCAACGAGCUCAACCCACAGAUUUUGGAUGAAAACCCAUCCCUACAUUUUGCAUUGCUGCGCCUGCAACUUGUGGAGUUGAUUCGCUCUUGCACAUCUAAACCGGAUGGCGAUAUCACUCCCGCCCUUGAGUUUGCGACAUCGCAACUCGCACCCCGGGCACCUACAAACCCUCAGUUCCUAGAAGAUCUUGAGAGGACACUGGCGCUUUUGAUCUUCCCCACUGAGAACCUUGCACCUACCCUUGCUCCUCUUCUACAUCCUGACUUGCGUAAAGAGAUAGCCACUAGUGUGAACGAAGCCAUUCUGCAGAACCAGGGCGCUCGUAAGGAAGCCCGAUUGCGCAACCUUGUCAAGCUUCGUGCCUGGGCGGAGCAAAAGGCUCGCGAGGCUAAGAAGGAUAUUCCCGAGAAGCUAGACUUGGGCCUCUGCGAUAACACCGCAAAAGACACUAAUGCCAGUGGUAACGGCGCGUCUAACGACACUGUGAUGGCCAAUAACGGAGAUAUUGAUCCAAUGAUCUCUUGA